GGUUGAUUGAAUCGUCGGUCUGGAUCAAAUCCCUUUUUGUUUUCAUCGUUCAAGUUUCGAGGUUUUCGAUAUCUUCUUGGCAAAUACAGUAUCUCCAGUACGCUGAAAGAAAACAAAAUGGCUGAUCAAGAUUUUAUAUACAGAAUCAGUACGGAUCAAGAGUGGCAAGAGUUUCAGAAGAAGGGAUCUUCUUUAGGUGGAGAGCUCGACAAGUCAACUGGUUGCUUUCAUCUCAGCAAACUCGAGCAGGUGCAAAUGACAUUGCAGAACUUCUUCUUGAACGCUAAGGAGGAUCUUUACCUUCUUCAAAUCGACCCUAACAAGCUUGGAGAUGGAUUGAUCUAUGAAGCUGUGGAUGAAGUGAACAGCUUCCCUCACUUCUACGGUCCAGACAGAACAUUCAUUCCUCUUCCUCUAGAUUCUGUCGUCAAAGCUGAGAAGCUAACAUUCACAAAUGGCAAAUUCACCUGUAGCUUCUUGACUGGAUGAAUCCCUUAUAUAUAUAAUCAGUUCACUGUUUAUGUAUUGCAUUGUAACAAUUUAAAAGUUCACCAAACAGAAAAACAGAGCGAAGUAUUUUUAUUAUUACAAUGCGAGAUUAAGAUCUAAAACA